AUGCUGAAGGGUCCCUCAACAUCUGUCUCAGACGACGUCACAGAGUCCUUGAGACUCAUUGAAGACUUGAAGUUCUUCCUAGUCACCGCUCCUGCCAACUGGCAAGAAAACCAGGUCAUCAGGCGUUACUACUUGAACAACGACGAAGGUUUCGUCUCCUGUGUCUUCUGGAACAACCUAUACUUCAUCACAGGCACCGACAUUGUUCGUUGCAUCUUGUAUAAGUUUCAACAGUUUGGCCGGACCAUCACUGAUCGCAAAAAGUUCGAAGAAGGUAUCUUCUCCGAUUUGAGAAAUUUAAAAGCAGGUACCGAUGCCGUUCUCGAGGAGCCAAAGUCGGAGUUCUUGGACUUCUUGUUCAAGAACUCUUGUCUUCGAACGCAAAAGAAACAAAAGGUCUUCUACUGGUUUAAUGUACCUCACGAUAAGCUCAUGGCUGACGCAUUGGAUCGGGAUCUCAAGCGUGAGAAGCUCGGUCAGACUCCAACAUCAGUGGCGUCCAAAGAGCCAGCCUUGUCUUUCAACUACGAAGAGGAUACCAAUUCAUCGCUAUACGAGCAGCUCACCGCUCAUUUGGAUAUGACAAGCCAAUCCAUAAACGUGCCCAUCAAGGGAGAUCCUGCUGAAUCGCCCGAGUAUGUCUGUCAUCUGAGGGUUCCGGGUUAUGAAGACGAGGUCGCCGACGAGAAUGACGACGACGAAGAGGAUGAUGAUUUCCCCCUCGACUACAUCCAAGAACCCCACACUGCUCCUGGUGAUUACAUCACUUUGGAUGGUGCUUACCAUUCGGGUGCCUACAUCAACGCUCUUGACAACGACUUUGACAGCAUUGAUGCUAGCUUCAUUCAAAGGCAACCUGUUACCACUAACAUUGCCUCAACCGAUGACUACUUGAUCGAACAGACACAGCCAGCAAGAUCCCUUCAUGCCGAACCAAAGCUGAUGUUCCCUCGUUCUGCUAACGAGGAGACUUCGUUCAUGUCACUGUCCCCUGCUCAAAUCCACGCUCAGUACCCCACCAACAUCUCAUCUGCAGCCGUUCCUCAGUAUUCUGCUCAAACGAUGAUGCCUUACCCCAUCCCCACAUCCGCCGUGAUGAGUCAGUUCUAUGAUCCAGGCUACGGCAUGGUGCAUGAACAAAUGCCAUCUUUCUACCAGGAAGAGAUGUAUGGUCACCCAAUGACUCAAAUGGGAUCCAUCGGUCCUGUGGUUUACGAAGAGAUGAGUCCAUACAGAGGUGCCUUUUACGGUGGUCACGAUCUUCUGUUGUACAACACUCAGCCUUCGCUACGGCAAAGAGAAGUCAGUUUCAACAUGAUGAGGAAACGCCAACAACUACAGCCUAACAAGGUAACCAAGCCUCGUUCUCGGAAACCUUCGACAGAAUACGAGAACAGAAUCUACGCCCGUGCAAAGCGUGAUCUGUCGCUGCUGGAUUCCACUGAGACCUUGAUGCCUACUCCUGAAUCUAGUGCAAAUGUCCAAACAGAUGACACGCUUCAUCCUCCAAGACCCGAGAGUGCGGGAAGAGUAUGA